UAGGGAUCUGUGAGAAGUUUUUUGUCGUAUCGGCAGUGGCCGCACGCUACCCUUCUGGCGCCAGUGGUGAAGCUGUGUCUACCACCCUGCAUUUUACGAAGCUACUGCCAGAAACAUACCUUGCGGCAUUGCCAGUGCGUACUUAAUCAAGUCGGCCUUCUGGUCCCCUUCCAUUGCUACCUUUCCACCGCCUUCCCCUUCCUCUUAUCUUCAUGUCGUCACAGGAGGAGGAUUACAACGAUGGAGGACACCCCACCCUCCCAGAAUCAAAGAAGAGACGCGUUCAAAGGGCCUGUGACAUAUGUAGACGCAAGAAGAUUCGAUGUGAUGGAAGUCAAAUGCCAGGAAAUAAAUGUUCGAACUGCAUAGCGUACAGCUUUGAGUGCACCUACCUCGAGGUUGCAAGGAAACGGGGUCCGCCAAAGGGCUACGUCGAGAGCCUUGAGAACCGACUGGAGAAAAUGGAAAAGCUCCUGCAGAAGGUAUGCCCAGAUGCUGACUUCACUCAAGAGUUAGGUGGUGGUCGGAUAGAUCGAGAUUCAUGGACCAAGGGCACGAACAACACCUCACCAUCUCUUUUUGCGCAGACUUCGAUAGAGGACGUCGUCCAAGAAGACGAAGACUCCAUCGCGUCGACCCUUGGAGAGAACUUUGCCUCGCUCACUAUGCAUCCUAACUCCAUGCGUUACUUUGGCAAAUCCAGCGGUCCUAUGCUCAUCCAGAAGGCUAUCGAUCUCAAGAUGGAAUAUAACGGUGACGACAUUCCCGGCACGGAACGACUGAAGGAAGCGGUUCGUCCCGAAUUGCGGACCAUUAAUCCUUGGGAGGAGCGAGCGAUGAUGAUGACAGACCCCGAGUUUGAAUUCCCCGAUGACGACUUGGGUCUGGCUCUUGUCGAUCUCUACUUUGCGCACAUGAAUCAUCUGCUCCCAUUGCUUCACCGUCCAACAUUCGAGCAGAAGCUGCGGGCCAGGCACCACUUGCGGGACCAUGCAUUUGGUUCCGUAUACCUCCUCGUCUGCGCAAAUGGCUCACGGUAUUCUUGCGAUCCCCGGGUUUUUGUCGAGGGAGGCUUUUCUCACUCAGCUGGUUGGAAGUAUUUUGAGCAAGUACCGGUAAUCAGAAAGACUCUCCUUGCCCCUCCGGCUCUGGAAGACCUCCAAGUCUACUGUCUGGCUUCUAUUUACCUGCAAGGGACCUCAGCGCCCCAAGCUUGCUGGACGAUUGUGGGCAUUGGUAUUCGACUUGCCCAAGAUGUCGGAGCACACCGGAAGAAGGUCUACAACACUGCGUUGACUGUCGACGGCGAGCUCUGGAAACGUGCAUUCUGGGCCUUGGUUACUGUGGAUCGCGUUACGAGCGUCUCUCUCGGCCGCCCCUGUGCAAUUCAAGAAGAGGACUUUGAUAUCGACCUCCCUGUGGAGUGCGACGACGAAUAUUGGGAACACCCGGAUCCUGAACUGGCUUUCAAACAGCCCGAAAAUAAACCAUGUACUAUAUCCUUCUUCAUAAAUUACCUUAAGCUAUAUCACAUUCAAGCAUUCGCUCUGCGGACUAUCUACUCCAUAAGCAAACACAAAGUUGUUUUUGGUAGCAAAGGUCCUCAGUGGGAAGAACGCGUCGUAGCAGAGCUCGACUCGGCGAUGAAUAAAUGGGUAGAUGCUGUUCCUGAUCACCUUCGAUGGGACCCCAACAGGGAUGUCGGCAUACCCUUUUUCUCACAGUCAUGUGUCCUCUAUGCCAGCUACUAUCAGCUGCAGAUACUCAUUCAUAGGCCGUUCAUCCCCUCGCCUCGGCGGCCGUCAGUGUUAUCUUUCCCUUCGUUGGCGAUCUGUACAAAUGCGGCGCGGUCAUGUAGCCAUGUGCUUGAUAUCUACAGAAGACGUUCUAAUAUACCUCAUCCAUACUUGACGAUGCCCGCCUUCACUGCCGGUAUCGUUCUUCUACUAAACAUCUGGGGCGGCAAGCGAUCCGGCCUUUCGACAGAUCCAGCGAAAGAGAUGGCUGACGUGCACAAGUGUAUGGCUUUUCUGCAGAUGUGUGAAGAGCGGUGGCAUAGUGCAGGUCGUCUCCGGGAUGUCCUUUGUGAACUGGCAUCAGCAGGGGAUCUCCCCCCACCACAACCCAGCCCAACAGGUGGAGUCAAACGCGAGCGAGAUUCAGACAGCGCAAGCCCUUGCUCAACCCAUUCCUCUGCACAGUCUCAUGAUGGUCCACGCAUGAUCGCAGGCUCUCGACGUGUCCACAGGACUGGUUCUCCGACGUCUCGGCAUUACGCAGCCCCAGUGGCGAACUUGCCAGUAUACAGUAAUGAUCUAGGACGGUUGCCCGUACAUGGACACGUCAAUUUCUCCGUGCCGGGUUUGCAAACACAUGCUCCGCACGGCCACCCAGACUCGUCUACGGGUAUGUGGUACCCUCAACAUACUAUCCAUCACCAUGCCCCUCCGGAUCAUCAUGUCGGUAGUGCAGAGCACCCAUCUACGCAAUACGGAGUGUCAGGUGCGGGACCGUACCCUCCAGCUCUACCAUCUCAUGGACCUCCGGCAUCGUACCCCUUGAACGAUCAUUUGUAUGGUGAUUCUACGGGCGGGUUUACGUACGAUGUUUCGCGACAUCAUCCUCCUUCGCCACCAUCUGGGUUCUAUGAAGGUGAUGGCUGUGGAGGGGACUCCACCAGCGGUUACCAUAUGGACUUGGAUGCGUCCGAUAUACAUCAUCCCCAAGGGCACGCACAACAUCGCCCUUCACUUCUGCAGCCGCCGAUACUAGGACAGGUUGCCGGAGGCAACUCUCAUCAUGUCGUGGAUCAGGACACAAUUGCUAUGUGGUCAACUGCACCAAGCGGUUUCGAGGUCAGCGAUUGGGGUCUGUAUAUAAAUAAUGUAUCGGGUGUCGCUAGCACCCAUGCACCCAUGUCGAGACAUGACCAUCGAUGUCUGGACAGAAGCUUGACACUGUCCGAGUGAAUGGACUCGAGAACACUGUCAAAGCCGUCCAUACCCAAUGUCGAAUGGGUAUGUUCUUUGAGCAUACAUUCUUAACCCUACAGCAUACUUGACAUGUCUUUAUUCGACUGAUUCACACUAGUACUGUAUCUUUUGGACCUUCCCUCUCUUUCCCGGAUCUCUCCGCGUAGCUUAGGUUCUAUUGUUUAUUACCGGUGCAGCCUCUCCGCAUAUUGAUUUACUACUUCACUUGUCGAAAGUAUAUAUCUGUUGUUUGGACAUCCACACCUUUGUCUAUCUAUCGUAAGAUAAAUUAGUAGGAUAAUAGUGCCCCGCAGGUGUAGGGCUCAACCCCAGUGAAAGAAUGCUGAUUUCAAAUACGUUGAGAGUAUGAUCAAUGAGGAUCAGUGAAACUUGUGUUUAUGUUUUUUUUUUUGUGGGGCAGAGCAGUUUUUCCGAUUUCACGUAACGGGUGGUCGUUACUA